UCGUCCCGAUGUGGGCUCCGCGCCUGCAGCACGCGCUCAGGACCGUCGCGCGCGUCCCCGCCGCCAGGCAGGGUGGUUCGGCGGCUUUGAUGUGGGCGUUCUCCCGGGCCACUGCGAGAUGGCGUCACGGCGGCGGCGAGGCGGGCAUCCUCCUGGACGUGGACGGCGUCCUGCUGCGCGGCGGUUCCGUCAUCCCGGCGGCCCGACGAGCCUUCCGGAAGCUGCUGGACGCCGACGGCCGCUUCCUGCUGCCCGUCGUCUUCGUCACCAACGCCGGAAGUUGUCAGCCGCAACGGAAGGCGCAGCAGUUGUCGGCGCUCCUGGACGUGCGGGUGGGCGGGGCCUGUGUGUGUGUGUGUGUGUGUGUGGAUCUUGUUUCUUCAGUGGUGGAGAAACUGGUUUGCCUGCGAUCGGCUGGCGACCGCGUGAGCAGAGGCCGGAUCUCUUUCAGUGUCUUGUGUGUUUUGUUCUGGUUUCACUGGGCCGCGUCUGUAACCCGAGCUCGCGUGUCCAGAUCAGUCCGGAUCAGGUGGUUUUGUCGUACAGCCCUCUGCGGAUGUUGUCCAGCUUCCACGACAAAUGCGUGCUGGUGUCGGGCCAGGGACCCGUCUCGGACAUCGCCCGCUCGUAUCCUUGAAAAUGGACCGCCGUGCGGGAGGUUGCGCGAGAGUCCGCUGACCCUUGACCCCGCCGCUCAGUUUGGGUUUCAAGAAGGUGGUGAGCGUGGAGCAGCUUUGCCGACAGCACCCCUUGCUGGACAUGGUCGACCACAGCAGGAGACCCGAGCCGCCCGCCGAGCGACCGGCGGAGUCGACGGCGAUCGAAGCCGUGGUGCUGUUCGGCGAGCCCGUGCGCUGGGAGACCAACCUGCAGCUGCUGCUGGACGUGUUGCUGACCGACGGCCGCCCGUCCCGCGCCUACCGGCGGCCGGCGCGCCAGUUGCCGGUUCUGGCCUGCAACCUGGACCUGCUCUGGAUGGCCCAGGCGCCCUCGCCGCGUUUGGGCCACGGCAUGUUCCUGCUGUGCUUGGAGUCGGCCUACAAGAAGUUGACUGGCGCCGACUUGCGCUACGAGGCGCUGCUGGGGAAGCCCGGCCUGCUCACGUACCGCUACGCCCGGCGCGCGCUCACGCGGAGCAACCUCCACCGCCGAGUCCAAACCAUCUACGCCAUCGGCGACAACCCAAUGACGGACAUUUACGGCGCCAACCUUUACGAUCGCUACCUGGCUCAGCAGCACCGGCGGGGAAGUCCAGCGGGCGCGGCCCAGCCCGACGAGGAGGAGCCGGCGCUGCCCGCCGCCCGCUGCCGAUCGGUCCUGGUGUGCACGGGCGUCUACAAGCGCCCGUCGGCGUCGGCCCCGGAGAGCGUCUUCCUGCACGGCCACCGGGACAUGGCGGCGGAGGCGGGCCUGGCGGAGCCCAGCUACGUGGUGGACGACGUGGAGGCGGCCGUCGACCUGGUGCUCCGGCGCCACCUCUGACGCGGCACGGGAAGCCGCGACGUCACAAGCGUCCCAGGGCGGGUCCGCCUGUCGAACGAGUUCCCUGUCCCAAUGAAGGAAAGGCAAAAAAGUGCACUCAGUCCAAAAGACAAGCGUGCCUAAUAUACUGUCCUUCCUCAUCCUUCAGCAAUUGGCGCCCCCAACUGAUUUUGUCCUUCCACUACAAGUAAACCAAGGUGGACGCUCUGUUGUUUAAUUGCGCCAUCUAGCGGCGGGCGGGGGCCUACGCUCGUAUCUCAAGACGAAAGAUGAUUUCAAGUAACUGCAACCUUUUUGUAUCCAGCCACCAUUUUUUUUUUUUUUUUCUUGAUUCUCGUGGCCUGAGGAGGUGCCGCAUGUGCUUGUGGCCAAAAGGAUGCGCUCCAUUUGCCCUGCAAAGUGUCCUCGAGUCACAAUUUGCAGCUUCUGCCCAUCUGAUGUCUGGGACGCUGUCGUUUAACCCCCCCCCCCACCCCAACAAUAACACUUUUUU